GAAAUUUAAACAACUAAACAAAAGAGUUUCACGUUCUGCAGGUCUCCAAGCAGCAACAUUGAGUUUACCAUUAAUCUGCAAAAAUACGUCUUAUACGCCGAAUCCAUAUAAAUUUAGUGUCUAGCGGUGGUCUCAAAAACUCGGUUUUCUCUUCCACCUGUAUUUCGACAAAUCCCGCCCCCUGCUCUGUGAUUGGCGAGUUUGUAUCCGCCUCCUGAGAAACGAUUGGCUAGUAGUGAUGUCGCUCAUGUUAGUACGCUCGUGUGAGUGGACGUCUGAUUCAGGCUGUUUUUUUUUAUACCGCAAUACGGGUGGGGAUUUGAGAUAAACACCGCGAGCUGCUGUCUGGUUUCAUGCGGAUUAUAAAAUAGAUGAAGCGAAGAACCGAAGAGCGCGAAUAUUAACGCAGAUAUGAACGAACGCAGGCAUCAUUUAGCAUCGCUGUUGCACGUGGCGGUAAAGGAGACUGACGUCAGGACGGUGGAGAGUUUACUUCACAGAGGUGCAGAACCCAACCUGUUGCUUGAUGAAGGUUUGGCUGCGGUGCAUCUGGCUGCAGGGAAGGAAUCAGAAAAAGGACUCAGAUGCCUUAAAGUUCUGCUGCAGCACGGCGCUGACCCCAACCUCAGGUCUGGUGAGCAUCUGACUCCUUUACACAUUGCAGCAUUAUGGGGCUGUUAUCAGAACCUCAAACUCCUGCUGAAGAACGGAGGAGACCCGAAUCUGAGAGACCAGGGUGGCAAUAAGGCUGUGGAUCUGGCAGAACAGGAGGAGAACAGUAAAUGUGCCAGCAUUCUUCAGGAAUACGAGUCUCACACAUCGAACCCAGAAUAUGAUGAUUUACCCAAAUUCCACUACUCACUGUACUCAGACCACUCCAUGAGGGACUGCAGCGUGAACCUGUCACUCAUGAGCGAUUUGGGAGACGAGCCACUCAGCAGCACUCGCUAUUCCUCCUUUUACAGGAAAUCAGAGAGUAACAGACUGCGAAGGGACAGAGACCCUCACAAAUCCUGGCUCUCUGAUGUCUCUGGUUUAAACGCACGUGAUAGCGACGUGUUUAACAGAGUAGAAGCAGUCAGUUCUCUUCCUCCGGUUCUCUCCAGUACCCGACUCUCAGGGACGGACUUAAAGAAGAGUCCGGAAGUGGCUCAGCCAGAUCGGUUCCUCAGCCCGAGCCGGAAAAGCGUCACGUUCAGAGACUACGAUGAGUAUUAUCCGAACGUGAAGCACAGCGACGACGACUCCAGAGACUCGACGGUCGAUUUCUCUCUGUAUCCUGACUUCUUGCACUCAGACCGCGUAACUACCGUGUUGCAGAACCAGGGGAUCGACGUGACGUCUCCAGACGAAGUGUUUGUCUUCUGCAGAGAACAAAAUCUGACUGAGGAUUUUGAUAAGACUGUAGUGGGAGGGGCAGUCGUAGGGGAGGAGGACGAGGAUAAUGAAUCUCACGCUGCUGUCAGCAGUAACAGCGGGUCGAGUCGAUACAGCAGCUGUGACAGCGAGCCGUACAAGACCACCAUCGAAGCGCCGUUACCUUCUGAAAACAUCUCAGCAGAUAAAGAGGGGUGGACAAAAGGAAGUACAGUCUCAGAUUGCGAGAAGAAGAAAGAACUUAAUUUGCCGUCUCAAGCCUGUAACGAUGAGAUUACUGAGAUUUCCUUCACUCCGAGUCCGUUCGUCACAGGCAGGACGCGCUCAAGACUCAGCCGAUGCUCCCAGAGACACAGCGCCUCGUCUUUUUCUACCUCGUCUCUUUUCGAGCAGACGCUGCCCGCACCCACACGAGUGCGCCGAGAUGUCGCUCAGUCGGACAAACCUCGUUUAAGACGUCCCUCUGAAGAAGACGGAGCAGCAGAUCUCGAUUCCUACUUGGCAAAUCUGUGUGUUUCAUCCCAACUGCCUGCAAGUCAAGCAUCAACUUUGAUCAUCUCUGGAAGCAUGGCAGAUACCAUCAUUAUUCCGAGGGGUGCCACCGACGAGAGCUUAGAACGUGGAUCAUCUUCAUCAUCAUGCUGCCAAGAGGAGGAUGUGUUCACAGAAGACAAGGAGUUUUUAACAUCAGACCUUUCGACUUCAAGCACAAAAAUACACAAAAACACAGAUUCUCAAGAUUCGUCCUCAGAGUCGAGUUCCAGCUUCAGUCAAAUGCUCGAGGUUCCGUCCACCGGCUGCACGCCGAGAUACAGCAUGAGCCGAAUCUGCAAUCGUUCUCAAACUCAGUCGCUGGCAAACCUGUCCUACACCCCCGGAGGACGUCCGCUCAUCACCGACACAGACGAACCGGUGGAGUAUCUUUACACUGAUGCUGAGGAGGGACACGAGCUGAUCGAGACGCACGUCCCACCGACAUCCAACACGUCUCUCAGCUCGUCUGUCAGCGAGGAGACCGUCAUCUACGACUGGCGCUCCUUACAGACCGCAGCCAAAAGUCCGGAGAAGGGAAAAGAAAACCGCUUCCCUAACGAAGUGAUGGAGAGAGAGCACAUCUCAGAGACUGAAGGGUUAACAGACCGAGAGCUCAGACGCAAACUCGUGGAACUGGGAGAGGAACCUGGACCCAUCAACAGAGACACACGGCAUGUGUACAUGCGGAAAUUACGGACCCUGCAGGAGAAAAAUGUUCCUCUGAAGUCAGUGCAGGACGAACCAGUAACAAUCACGGUUCCAGGUUACAGUCCGGAGCUGAAGAAAGUGUUGUGUUUGUUCCACUUGCCCGAUUGCAACGCUGAUGAGUUUGCGCUGUGUGAACAGUUUGAUCAGCCGGAUCAGAAUAAAUGCUGGCGUGAAGGCCUCAUAAAGUCCAGUUUCAACUACCUGUUACUCGACCCCAGAGUGACGAAGAACCUACCGUACCGCAGCCAGGCGCUGACGCCUCAUGAGUGUUUCCAGACUUUCAUCAGCUCCAUUUUCUACGUGGGUAAAGGCAAACGCUCGCGACCCUACAGCCACCUGUACGAAGCUCUGGAGUACUUCAAAGGAGACAAAUCAUCCAAGAAACUCAGCUCGAAGGUGCAGCACAUCUUGCAGGUGUGGAACUGCGGCCACGGCGUCAUCUCGCUGCACUGCUUCCAGAACGUCAUUCCUGUGGAGGCGUACACGCGAGAGGCCUGCAUGGUGGACGCCAUCGGUCUGAAGAUGCUGACCAAUCAGAAGCGAGGGGAUUAUUAUGGGAUGGUCUCCACCUGGCCUGCGAAGCGUCAGCGUGAGCUUGGGGUUCACCUGCUGUACAGAGCCAUGCAGAUCUUCCUGGCUGAGGGAGAGAGACAGCUCCGACCGGCCGACAUCAGGCGAUGAAGUCACAUGCCGUCUGAACCACACUGAGCAUUAGAGCGCAUUCAUGCAGUUAGGUUCAAAAUAACGAGUGCACUACAGAGAUUGUCAUCAAACACUGUACCUGCUACGGUACUAGUGACCUGCUCGCUAUUCCCUAGGGUACAGUAUUUAGGCAUUUACCCCAAGCAGUGCAUCAUGGGAUAUCCUCCUGGGAUAGUGGGUAGUUCCUAAAGUGAACAGUCACAUGGGAAAAGACCACUGAAAGCUUAUAAAUGUGCUUUAAUAUUGUUUAUAAUGUUAGAAAUGUCUUAAAUCUGUGCUGCUGGGUUUUUUAAAUUACUGGAUAAAUAUUAAUGUUUAUGGAUUGUAAAUGAUGACGAUGUGAUGAAUGAUGAAUCUUAUAACUGGAAAAAACUGCAACCUGCUGUACGAAGAGACACACACUUGUAUUAAAAAACUCAACAUAAUGAAUUUUAAGUUAAAGGUUAGAACGAUCGUUGUGGAAAAACACUUAUAUAAUAAAUAAUAAUGACUAUGCUUUAAACACACACACACACACAGCUGUAGUGAUUUAUUUAAUCCUGCAGUGAUUUCGAUAUUCAUUCAUCAGAUUUUGGAACAGUGUUAGGGAGGAACUGCUGCUCUUACAUCUUUUUUUUUUAUUUAAAACUUAUAAUUACAUUAAAAUAACUCUUCACGGAUAAACAUGAAACAGCAUGAAGAACUUCGUCUGGAUAAAGUUCUGGAUCGUCGUGGCUCAGCGUCACUCGAGGUGGACUUUGUAAACGUUGUAUGAUGUGUGAGUUAGUGUUCAUUUUUUUCUACUCUUAUAAAACGUGUCACCUAGUUUUGUGUCUGUGUGUAGUAGGAUGUGCCAUUUAAAUAUGUCUGUUGAAUAUUCAUGCGAAUGAAUUCAGUUUUUUUUUAUGUGUAAUGUGAAACAAAAGCGAGGAAUCUUAACAUUUACAGCAAACAUUUCAUUUCACUUCACUCACCAGGAGCUCACAGUUACACCGAUGUCUUAUUGUGAAAUCAACAGUAUUUUUACUCUUCUGUAUUAAAAUACAAGGAUUUGGGG